AUGUCUACAGACCAGGGGGUUGCAGGGAGUGUGAUUACUUCAGGCAACGGAGUGGCAAGUGGAGUGGCAAGUGGAAUAGCGAAUGGAGUGGCAAAUAGAGUGGCAAAUGGUGUGGCAAAUGGAGUGGGAGGAAAUGAAAUGGUUACUUCAGGAGUUAUCUCUUCAGGAAUGAUUUCAGGAAAUGGUACAACUACUUUGGGAAAUGAUACAACCACUGCAGGAAACAGCAUAGCAGGUCUGAAAGCAAGCCACGUGCCUCCGAAAGUGGAACCGAUGAAAGUGGCCAUGCCGGAAUCUCCAGAGGCGUUGUUUGAAUUACUUCGCAGGUACAGGGAGCUCGAAAUGACACAAACGCACGAAAGCGAGAAGUUGGGGAUUCUCAAAAUGUUGCGGCGGGUGAACAAGAUGCAGGAGGAGUAUGAGGCGGCGUUGGCCGAGGAGGAGAGGCUUUGGGAGAGUAACAAUGAAGAUGUGGAUGUUGAAUUGCUCCGGGACCAGAUUAUUGGGCUGCAGCUGAUGUCGAAGGACCUGGACCUGCCGGUGGGGCUGCAGUUUGAGUUCGGUGAGGAGGAGGAGAAGGGGAAGGAGGAAGAGAAAGAUGAAAAAAACAGGAAACUGCAAAAUCAGAUCGAAAUUCCUCUGGACGACUACGAAGAAAAGGCAAAAAGACUGGGAAUUGAGCCAAGAAGACCGCAGCCGGAUCCGGCGGUAAAUGCCGUCGGGACGAGCUUCUCGGAACAGCAGUUGUACACGAAGCUACAGGUGCGGUUAAACGAGUUGGAGCAGCUUCCUGGAAAUAUUGGAUUUUACGAUUCGGGAAACAUCUCGAACGAUUUGGAACAUGCAAACGAUGAAGUGGUGCAAGGAGUUGAUGAGGCGAAAGUGCGUGCACUGGUGGAGUUGAAGGGUUUGCGGCUUCUCCCAUUUCAGAAAUAUUUGAGGAACAAGCUGGUGGUGAAAAGUGCCAGUCGAAUAAUGUAUGAGGAUGGGGAGUUGAACAAGUACGGAAUUUUCCGGAUGUGGAAGCGCGGGUACUGUGUGCGUGCGAAGGAGAAGGUUGCGCAGACGGCGCUGCUUGCGGAGCGGCUCCAUGCGGAGCAGCGCAAGGAGCAGCGGCGCGAGCAGCAGCGUAGCUGGCGGGCGCGAGUGCGCGAGAUGGCGCAGGCGGUGUCCACGUGGCGCGCACAGGCGCAGCGGCGGCGGUCGGCGCGUGUUUCUCUUGGCAAGGCCGUGCACCACUUCCAGCAGCAGGCGGAGCGCGAGGAGGCACGGCGCAAGGAGCGCUUUGCCAAACAGCGUCUUCAGGCUUUGAAGUCGAACGAUGAGGAGGCGUACAUUAAGUUGUUGGACGAGACCAAGGACCAGCGCAUUACGCAUCUUUUGAAGCAGACGAACUCGUUUUUGGGGUCGCUUGCGACGGCAGUGCGGGUGCAGCAGCAGGAGUCACAGAUGAUGGAGAAGGAGGACAAGGGCGCAGCGGGCGCCGCGGGUGUGGAUGGCGCAGUCGCGCAAGAGACGGGCGCUGGUGCGCAUGGCGCUUCAGGCGCCUCUGGUGCUGCAGGCGCGCAGGACCCAGACACCAUGGACUACUACGAGGUGGCACACCAUAUCAAGGAGGCCAUUCUGCACCAGCCGUCGAUUCUGGUCGGCGGCAAGCUCAAGGAGUACCAGCUGAGGGGUCUCGAGUGGAUGGUUUCGCUUUAUAACAACCACCUAAACGGAAUUCUCGCAGAUGAAAUGGGUCUUGGCAAGACGAUCCAGUCGAUUGCACUCGUGACGUACCUCAUAGAGGCGAAGCAGGAGCCCGGGAAGUUCCUGAUCAUCGUGCCGUUGUCGACGAUCACGAAUUGGACGCUGGAGUUCGAGCGGUGGGCACCAAGUGUGAAAAAGAUCGUUUACAAGGGCAGCCAGCAGCAGAGAAAGGCAUUAUCGUACGGAAUCCGGGCAGGGGACUUCACGGUGCUGUUGACGACGUACGAGUACGUGAUCCGGGACCGGAACAUGUUGGCGAAGUUCCGGUGGGCGUACAUGAUCAUCGAUGAGGGCCACCGGUUGAAAAACACGCAGUCGAAGCUUUUCCAGACGCUCACGCAGUACUACCGGACGCGGAACCGGCUCAUCUUGACGGGCACGCCGCUUCAGAACAGCCUCCCGGAGCUCUGGGCGUUGCUGAACUUCAUCUUGCCGAAGGUGUUCAACUCGGUGAAGUCGUUUGACGAGUGGUUCAACACUCCGUUCGAGAACACGGGCCACCAGGAGCGGCUGGAGCUCUCGGAGGAGGAGAGCUUGUUGGUCAUCCGGCGGUUGCACAAGGUGCUCCGGCCGUUUCUCUUGCGGCGGCUCAAGAAGGACGUUGAGAAGGAUUUGCCGGACAAAGUGGAGAAGGUGGUCAAGUGCAAGCUCUCGGCCUUGCAGGCACGUGUGUACAAGCAGCUUCUCGAGCACAACGCGUUGUUCGUGGGUGCACGGGUGCAGGGCCACCACCGGGCGGGUCUCCGGGGGCUAAACAACAAGGUGAUGCAGCUCCGCAAGAUCUGCAACCACCCGUUUGUGUUUGAGGAGGUCGAGGAUGCCGUCAACCCGGGCAGGCUGACCACGGACCUCAUCUGGCGGAGCUCGGGCAAGUUCGAGUUGCUAGACCGCAUCCUGCCCAAGCUCAAGGCCACCAACCACCGCACGUUGCUUUUCUUCCAGAUGACGCAGGUCAUGGACAUCAUGGAGGACUUCUUGCGGCUCCGCGGGAUCAAGUACCUCCGGUUGGACGGCUCAACGAAGGCCGACGACCGCCAGGCGAUGCUCAAGCUGUUCAAUGCACCGGACUCGGAGUACUUCUGCUUCUUGCUCUCGACCAGGGCCGGUGGUUUGGGGCUCAACUUGCAGACUGCGGACACGGUUGUGAUUUUCGACACGGACUGGAACCCGCACCAGGAUCUACAGGCCCAGGACAGGGCCCACCGGAUUGGCCAGAAGCACGAAGUGCGGAUCUACAGGUUGAUCACUGAGGACUCAGUUGAGGAGGUGAUCCUCCAGAGAGCCCACCAGAAGUUGGACAUCGACGGCAAGGUGAUACAGGCGGGCCGGUUCGACAACAAGUCGAGUUCCGAGGAGCAGGAGGCGUUUUUACGCCGGAUGAUCGAGCAGGAGAAGAAAAAAGCCAUGGAGCACGACACAGAUGAGAUGAACGACGACGAGAUGAACGAGAUCUUGGCCCGCAGCGACGCCGAGAAGGCACUAUUCCGCAAGAUGGACGACCAGAGGCACCAGGCCGAGAAGAACGACCCUCAUCCGCGGCUCUUGGCGGACGACGAGCUUCCCGAGAUAUUCAAGAAGGACAUGGCCAAGGAGCUCGAGCCCAAGCACGUCGAAGUUGGCCGCAGGCGGCACCUCAAGAAGGUCAUUUACGAUGAUGGGCUUACCGAGGACCAGUGGCUCCAGGCUCUGGACGAUGACAACGACACUGGCCUCUCUGAGAAAGAGGCGGGCCAGAAGGGGAGUGGGGAUAAGAGAGGUAGUGAAAAUGAUGUAAGUGGUACUGAGAAUGAGUCUGGGGAGUCUGAUAAUGAUUCUGAACCUUCUGGGCAUUCUGAUUACGAUUCAGACUCCAGCGAAUACCACCCACCCUCAAAACGCAGAAGAACUGCAAGCAGGUCUCCAUCCGUUCCCCAAGACCAGUUUGUCGACCUCGGCCUGCAACUCAUCAAGCAGCUGCGUGAACUGACGGACGAUUCCGGCCGCAAACUUGCCACGCUGUUCAACACUCUUCCCUCCAGGCGGCUCUAUCCGGAUUACUACCAGAUAAUCCACCAUCCGGUGGCCUUCCGCCAGUUGAAACACAAAUUGGCAGCCGACCAGUACGCCGACUACCACGAUUUCCGCCACGACUUGCUCACCAUGUUUGCCAACGCAAAGUUGUAUAACCAGGAGGGCUCGCUGGUUUACCAGGAUGCCCAAACGAUGGAGAAAUACUCCUUGGAGAAGUUGGCCAAGAUCGAGUCCCGGCUUGGUGUGCACGCGGACUGA